AUGGGGCCGCCUGGCUCCCCAUGGCAGUGGGUGCUGCUGCUGCUGCUGGGGCUGCUGCUCCCUCCUGCUGCCCCCUUCUGGCUCCUCAAUGUGCUCUUCCCCCCGCACACCACGCCCAAGGCUGAGCUCAGUAACCACACACGGCCCGUCAUUCUCGUGCCUGGCUGCCUGGGGAACCAGCUGGAAGCUAAGCUGGAUAAACCAAGUGUGGUGAACUGGAUGUGCUACCGCAAGACAGAGGACUUCUUCACCAUCUGGCUGGAUCUCAAUAUGUUUCUACCUCUUGGGGUGGACUGCUGGAUCGAUAAUACCAGGGUUGUCUACAACCGCAGCUCUGGGCGCGUGUCCAAUGCUCCCGGUGUACAGAUCCGCGUCCCUGGCUUUGGCAAAACCUACUCUGUUGAGUACCUAGACAACAACAAGCUGGCAGGUUACAUGCACACGCUGGUGCAGAAUCUGGUCAACAACGGGUACGUGCGAGAUGAGACCGUGCGAGCUGCCCCCUAUGACUGGCGGCUGGAGCCCAGCCAGCAGGAGGAGUACUACGGGAAGCUCGCUGGGCUGGUGGAGGAGAUGCACGCUGCUUACGGGAAGCCCGUCUUCCUCAUUGGGCACAGCCUUGGCUGCCUCCACGUACUCUAUUUUUUGCUGCGCCAGCCCCAGUCCUGGAAGGACCGCUUUAUUGAUGGUUUCAUCUCUCUUGGGGCUCCUUGGGGCGGCUCCAUCAAGCCCAUGCUGGUCUUGGCCUCAGGUGACAACCAGGGCAUCCCACUCAUGUCCAGCAUCAAGCUGAGAGAGGAGCAGCGCAUAACAACGACUUCCCCCUGGAUGUUUCCCUCCCAGGGGGUGUGGCCUGAGGACCACGUGUUCAUUUCCACACCCAGCUUCAACUACACUGGCCGUGACUUCAAGCGCUUCUUUGAGGACUUGCAUUUUGAGGAAGGCUGGUACAUGUGGCUCCAGUCACGUGACCUACUGGCAGGACUCCCCGCCCCGGGCGUGGAAGUGUACUGUCUGUAUGGCAUAGGCCUGCCCACACCCCACACCUACAUCUAUGACCACGGCUUCCCCUACACGGACCCUGUGGGUGUGCUCUAUGAGGAUGGGGAUGACACAGUGGCCACACGCAGCACUGAGCUCUGUGGCCUCUGGCGAGACCGCCAGCCGCAGCCUGUGCACCUGCUGCCCCUGCAUGAGACAGAGCACCUCAACAUGGUCUUCAGCAACCAGACGCUGGAGCACAUCAAUGCCAUCCUGCUGGGUGCCUACCGCAGCGGCACUCCUGCCUCCCCGACUGCCAGCCCAGGGAGCCCGCCCCCUGAAUAAAGAACUUUCUUGCUACUGU